AGACGACGUCGUCUUUUUGAUUCCGAUCUCAGUUUUGGUGACCGUCGGCGUGCGAUGGCGUCACGCCUACUGAGCCGAUCGAAAACCCUAACCCUCUCACGCCUCCUCCUCCUGCACCCUUCGGCACCGGGCAAUCCCGUCACCUCCGCCCAUGGCCUCCGAGCCUUCGGUUCCCUCGCCCCACACCCGCCCCCUGAUCCCAGAUCCGCAGCGAUCGCGCCAGCCUACAGGCCCGAUCGCCCCUCCGCCGCUGCUCUCGGUCUCCUCCGUGCCCCUGUCUUCGGCCAACUUGGCUUUGGAAAGAACAUGUCUCAUAUGGCUGGUGGAGUUGAAGAUCCUAAUUGCCUGAAAGGAAAGGAGAUUGACUCUUCAAAGGUAAUGGCUUUCAGCCCACUGGAGGGGACCCUUACCAGGGAACGGAAAAGUGGAUUGACGAAUGAAAGCUUAAAGCACUUGUUCUGUGCGUAUACUGGCAAAUCUAUGGGUUUUUCAAGGAGAUCCUUCUGGACUAUGUUCAUCAUGACGUGACGAGGAAAUGGGUCUUGAUAUAUUUCAAGCUGCUACUAUUUAUCUUGGCCAAGGACACUAU